AUGUACCGGAAGUCAGGAAGCAAUAGUAACAACAGUAAAAUGGCGGCGGAGAAGAAUCGAGUUAUGAAAUAUAAAUCUAUAUCAGCUCGAUUGCAUGAACAUUUUGGAUUUAAAUUGUUGGCUGAUGGUAAUAUCAAAAUACUGAUAACGUUUAUUGCAUCCAUUGCGACAAAUCGUUCACAUACCUUGGAUCUAACAGAUCGCUUACUUACCACCUUGAAAACAAACACUCGUUACUCAAAACCUCACCUAGCAAAAUCAGCUUCAUUUAGUCAGUCUACAGCGGCGUUGUCAUUUACCUCCAAGCAGAUUACUUUGAAUCAGUUUUAUCGUCGGUUUGAUCAUCUGGUGAGUGCUACCGUACAACGUGACAUUAAAACAUCACUUGCACAUUGGAAAGCUAAUAGUGGUAGGCCAAUAUCGACAGUAAAUGAUGGUCUUCAUCAAGUAUUGCGUACAGCACUUCAAAAUACCGAAUAUAAACUACCUUGCCGGCAAACUAUUGAUAAAAUGUUGGCUGAUAUUUAUAACAGCAAAAGAGAAAGUGUUAAAAAAGCAGUGAAAAAUUCAAAGGCAAUUGCGCUAAAAUCUGAUUUUUUGACCUCCCUGGGUAAUGAAAGUUAUUGCAGAAUCACCGGUCAUUGGAUUGCUGACGACUGGAAAUUAAUAAGUGUUAUACCUGAGUGUGUGCAUGUUGUUGAACGUCACUAUUCUAACAAUGUUGCUGUGUUAUAUAAGCAAUUUGUAAAAGACUGGGAUAUAACAAAGAAGAUUCAGGUUUUGGUAACAGACAAUGUCCGAAAUUUGGUUUCAGCUGUUAAUCAAAUUGAUUUUACUCAUAUUCCGUGUUUGGCUCAUAGCUUUAGUUGA